UGCCUGCUUUGCUCACAAAUCAAAAACCAAAACUUGCUAAUCCUUGUUAUUACACACUAUCCUUGCUCUGUGUUGAACAUGGCUACAAGCCCCUUUCGAUAUUUUAUUUCCCUUUUUCUGCUUUUGCUCUGUUUCGAAGCCUGUUUCAGGGUGGGUGACACUAAAGUUGGGUGCAUAGAGAGGGAGACACAGGCUCUCCUUCACUUCAAAAAAGUUGUUCUCGAUGACCAUGGAGUGCUUUCUUCAUGGGGGAAUGGGGAAGACAAAAAAGAUUGUUGCAAAUGGAGAGGAGUGGAGUGUAACAACCAGACGGGUCAUGUGAUCAGGCUUGAUCUUCAUCACCAAUAUUUGGGAGGUAAGAUAUCUCAGCUUGGUCCUUCAUUGGCAGAGUUGCAGCACUUGAAGCAUUUGAACCUCAGCUGGAAUCAUUUUAAAGGAAUUCUUCCCACUCAACUUGGAAAUCUUUCCAAUUUGCAAUCCCUUGAUCUCGGCAGUAAUUAUGGGCAUAUGAGCUGUGAGAACCUUGACUGGCUUUCUCACCUUCCUUCGUUAACACACCUUGACUUGAGUGGGGUUAAUCUUAGUAAAGCAAUUCAUUGGCCCCAAGCAAUUAAUAAAAUGCCUUCCUUAACUGAGUUAUACUUGCACUAUACUGAGCUUCCUCCGAUUAUUCCAACAAUAUCCAUUUCCCAUAUUAAUUCUUCUACUUCUCUUGUUGUGCUUGAUCUCUCCUCGAAUAGUCUCACUUCUUCAAUAUACCCAUGGUUGUUCAACUUCAGUAGCAGCCUUGUUCAUCUUGACCUCUCUUGGAAUGAUCUAAAUGGUUCAAUUCCGGAUGCUUUUGGAAACAUGACUACUCUGGCAUAUCUUGAUCUCUUUUGGAACGAGCUACGUGGUUCAAUUCCGGAUGCUUUUGGAAACAUGACUAGUCUGGCAUAUCUUGAUCUCUCUUGGAAUCAACUUGAAGGUGAGAUUCCGAAAUCCUUGAGAGAUUUAUGUAAUUUACAAGAAUUAUUAUUGUCUCGGAACAAUCUCACUGGACUGAAGGAAAAAGAUUAUCUGGCCUGCCCUAAUAACACAUUAGAGGUUUUAGAUAUAUCUUAUAAUCAAUUGAAAGGGUCAUUUCCCGAUCUUUCUGGAUUUUCACAGUUGAGAGAAUUAUUUCUUGAAUUCAAUCAACUAAACGGAACUUUACCUGAAAGUAUUGGACAACUAGCUCAACUUCAAGUGUUGUCCAUUCCUUCAAAUUCAUUGCGAGGCACUGUCUCAGCAAACCACCUUUUUGGUCUCUCCAACCUGUCUGUCUUAGACUUAUCUUUCAACUCCCUAAUAUUCAACAUAAGCCUUGAGCAAGUUCCCCAAUUUCGAGCCUCACGUAUAAUGUUGGCCUCUUGCAAAUUAGGCCCACGUUUUCCUAAUUGGAUUCAAACUCAAAAAGGUCUGCUAGAUCUUGAUAUCUCUGCUUCUGGAAUUGCAGAUGUCAUUCCCAAUUGGUUUUGGAAUUUAACUUCAGAUUUACAAUUGUUAAACAUUUCCAACAAUCACAUCUCAGGGACUUUGCCAAAUUUACAAGCAACUCCUUUAGUGUUGGAUAUGAGUUCAAAUUGCUUGGAAGGUUCAAUACCACAAUCUGUUUUCAAUGCUGGAUGGUUGUAUCUCUCCAAGAACUUGUUUUCAGGCUCAAUUUCUUUAUCGUGCGGGACUACUAAUCAGCCUGGUUGGGGUUUGUUUUAUCUUGACCUCUCAAAUAAUCGACUGUCGGGAGAACUACCCAAAUGUUGGGAGCAAUGGGAAGAUUUAAUUGUUCUUGAUUUGGCAAAUAAUAAUUUUUCUGGGAAAAUUAAAAAUCCGAUUGGCUUAUUACAUCAUAUGCAAACAUUGCAUUUACGUAACAAUAGUUUUACUGGAGCACUGCCUUCAUCCUUAAAGAACUGCAGAGCUUUGCGUCUUCUAGAUUUGGGAAAAAAUAAAUUGUCAGGAAAAAUAACCGCAUGGAUGGGAGGAAGUCUGUCACAUUUGGUCGUUCUCAACCUAAGAUCUAAUGAAUUUAAUGGAAGCAUACCUUCAAGUCUUUGUCAACUGGAAAAGAUUCAAAUGUUGGACCUCUCUAGCAACAAUCUACCAGGAAAGAUACCAAAAUGUCUCAAAAAUUUAACUGCUAUGGCUCAGAAAGGAAGUCAGGACCUUUCUUAUGAAAUAUAUUACAAUUCGAGUAGCGUACUUUCCUAUGUUGAUAGUACAUUGGUUCAAUGGAAAGGAAAAGAACAAGAGUACAAGAAAACUCUUAGAUUCAUCAAGAGCAUUGAUUUUUCAAGCAAUAAAUUAAUUGGUGAAAUUCCUAUUGAAGUAACUGAUUUGGUAGAAUUGGUGUCAUUGAAUUUAUCAAGAAACAAUUUGAUUGGAUCAAUCCCUACAACAAUUGGUCAAUUGAAAUUAUUGGAUGUUCUUGAUCUAUCUCAAAACCAACUUAAUGGUAGAAUUCCGGAUACUCUUUCUCAAAUAGCCGAUCUAAGUGUUUUAGACCUAUCAAAUAACACCUUGUCAGGUAAAAUUCCAUUAGGCACUCAAUUACAAAGCUUUGAUGCCUCCACAUAUGAGGGAAAUCCUGGACUUUGUGGACCACCUCUUUUGAAAAGGUGUCCUGAAGAUGAACUUGGGGGAGUCUCCUUCACUAGUGGUCUUAGUAGCAAAAAAGAGGACAUUCAAGAUGAUGCAAAUAAUAUAUGGUUUUAUGGAAAUAUUGUUCUUGGAUUCAUCAUCGGAUUUUGGGGAGUUUGCGGCACUUUACUAUUCAAUAGUUCAUGGAGAUAUGCCUAUUUCCAGUUGUUGAGCAAGAUAAAGGAUUGGUUGUACGUGACAACAAUAGUAAAUAUGAAUAGAAUACGAAGGAGCCUGCAAGGUUAAAUGGACUUCAACUGGGUUGCAUCUCAAGGAUUAGUAGGUGAUAUAUGCUUUUGAGUAACGGGAGUAUUUAUGAUGGGAUAGUUACAUGCCUUAACGCAAAAGCUUGCCAUCGGAUAAAUGACAUCGACAUGUAUUAAGUUUGCUUAUUUGGUAGUUACCAUGGCUUUAAGUUUCUCGUGUUAUAUUCUAUUUAGAACUUUUUAAACAUUAAUUUUUGCUAUUAUAUGUACGAAUUUGUAUUUUGUUGCUCUAAAAUUUAUUUGUUAUUUUUGUAGAAUCAAAUAUUAGAGGCCUUUGUAGGGAGAUGCUAAAAAAUACUUCAUCUUAGAAAAAUAAUUUUUUUUGCUAAAAAACAAAGUUUAUUUUUGGGGAAAUGCAAUGUGAUAAUACCCAUUAGUAUGAAAUGGGAUAUGCUACUACUGAAAACAGAGCACUCUGUUUUUCUAGUGCUCAAGCAUGAAAGCUCCUGUAACACAGAGAGGUCUGAUUUCCAACCGUGAAUCAAAUUGCUUGAGGUACUCCAUAUGCAGAUUGAUGGAAGUCACUUUGGGCAUCAAUCAUCUUCAGGGGACGAUGAUGAUGGGAAUUGGAUCAGCGGCAAUAAAGACCAACUAUGGAAAGUUUGUUAAAAAGCUCCCAUUUCUUUAUUUGAUUUCUGCUUUUGUAAAUAACAGUGUUAUCCAAAAUUUGUGUUGGUUGCUCAAGUUUUGUAAAAGCUAUUCAACCAAUACGAAUCGCUACAUAAUAUGCAUUUUGCAGAAGAUCUGUGAUGAUUUGGAGCUCUCUCCAAUGCUAUACUAGUAAUCAACUUAUGGAAGAAGCUAGAGCUGUUGGAGAAGAAAGUGCUCUUCAUGUUUGCUCAAACAAUUCAGAGGGAAGUUUAGUGAGACAAUUUUUAACUUUAUUUCCAUUUACUCUUCGUCAUGAGAGCAAUUUUUUGUGCAUAAUUGGAGCUUGAGUUUUUGCUUUGGUAGUUGUGAAGUUGCAAACUGUUAUUGGAAUAAGAAGCCUCUACUUUUGCUUGUUACUGAAUAUGAUUUUUUUUUUUUUAAGAAGUAAAUUUGCUAAUUAUUAUUCUUUUUCUUAGGCACCCAAGAAAAGAGUAUGUACUGUUAGCAAAGACCAAGAGGAAAUUAUUAGAGCUUUAUUUGAGUAGUGCAAGAAGGAGAAUCAUAGAUUACUGAGUGAAAAGGUACCAGAACAGAAGAUUGAAGAAAAUCUUUUGUAAAGUUUCGAUGAUGAAACCCUAAGCUCUGUUAUGAAGUGUGGAAAAAAAUGUAUACCAUUACAAGUAAUGCAUUCUUGCUGUCAUAAUGGAUACAUGAAGCAAAGGGUUCCUUUCACGGAAAUCUAAGAGAAUCCCUUCGAAGUUGGAUAAGAAGCAUACAAGCACUUUGAAUGGGUAUAUGGUGAUCAACAAUCCCUCUAGCUAUGUUGUUGCUAAUGAUGUUACCAAAAGGGAUGGACACACUCAACCUAGUGAGGUGGAAGUUGUAGGAAUUGAAGAUGAUGUUGCUUUCAAGAAUGUUGGCUUGGAUGACGAUGUAGAAGAUGAUGUUGGGAAGUGUCCUAAAUUCCUAAUUAGUAAAAAUUCAUUUUUGUAAAGAAUAUUUCCUAAGUUGAUUUGUUAUUGUAAUAAUAUUAGAUUUCCUUAUUGAAUAAGGAAAGUUAUUAGGAAUAUCUCUAUAAAUAUUUUAAGUUAUGAUGGGAAAAAGUUGUAAGAUAGAGAUAAGUUUGUAGAGACUAUACGAGGUUGAUAGAAAUAUGAGGAAAAAUAUAAAAUAUCCGGUGGAGAGAGGGGGCUUAUGAUUCAAGGUGUGGAUACAAUGAGUGGGGAAACAUGAGAUGCUUUGGGAACUCAAUAGUUGUAUAUAGCUUUGUCCUCUGUAAUGUUCUCUAUUGUAUAGUGGAAAGAUUCUCUCUCAUCCGUGGAUGUAGGUAUAUUUGACCGAACCACGUUAAAACCUCGUGCACCUUUAUGUGUGAUUAUUUUAUCUUUACGUUCUUAAAUUAA